AUGGGUUCUCCUGAUCGUGAGGGUGCGGUAACUAUUGUUGGUGCUGUAUCUCCUCCUGGUGGUGAUUUCACUGAUCCUGUUACCUCAGCAACUCUAUCUAUUGUACAAGUAUUCUGGGGUCUUGAUAAGAAGUUGGCUCAGAGGAAGCAUUUCCCUUCCAUUAACUGGAAUAUCUCUUUCUCAAAGUAUACUCGUGCCUUGGAGCCCUUCUUCAACAAGUAUGAUAAUGAGUAUUCAUCUUUACAACAAAAGGUUAAAGAGAUUCUUCAGACUGAAGAUGAUCUACAAGAAAUUGUACAAUUGGUUGGUCGUGAUUCACUAUCUGAAGAUCAGAAGUGUACUUUAGAGGUUGCUCGUAUUAUUCGUGAAGAUUUCCUUCAACAGAAUGGUUUCAGUGAUUAUGAUUAUAUGUGCCCUCUAGCUAAGACUAUUGGUAUGAUGAAAUGUAUCUGUCAUUUCUAUGAUGCUGCUCAGAAAUGUUUGUCUGAGAAUCAUGGUGAUAAGGUUAUUGGAUGGUCACAGAUAUCUACUGCUUGCAAGGAUGUUAUCGUCGCUAUUACCAAUAUGAAGUUCGAGAUGCCUCAACAUAGUGAAGAGGAUUUCGCUAACUUCUUUGCUAAUCUUGUUAACCAGAUUGAUACUGCCUUCCAGAAUCUUCUAGAUGAGACUAACAACACCAACUAA